UAAUCUGAUUUAUCUGUGCAAAAAAAAAAAAUUGACUUAAAACGAGAGAGAAAUCGUCCGUUAAGAUUAAAGGAGAAAAGAUAAGAGACAUUCCAGGAGAUAGAGGGAUAGUGAUGUCAUGCUGAUGUGGACAAGUUACUCAUGGUUACUGACCAUAAGGUUAGUGACCUGAUCCGUUCCCCCUAUCCUAAGCCCAAUCAAACCAUCUCAAUAAUCUCAAAAAAAAUUGAGAUUUAACUAUCACUCAUUUGAGUAAUAGUUUGUGUCAUUUAAAGCAAACAAUGCAUGUAUUAUUUGUGCAGAAAAUACAAAAAUACAUCAUACAUGCAUUGUAACUAUCUCAACCACAUAAUCACCAAAACCAAAUAACCCCUAACAGUAAUCUUGUUCAAAGAAAAUACAAAUAAAGAAUUGAGGUGGAUCUAAAUGCAAAAUUUCCGAACUAAGAGGAUGAGUAUGCAAACCUCCAACUGAACCACUAAAAUUUCUUCUAGAUCUUGCAGCUGGAGCAACUACUGAAUCUGCGAACUGGACUGGACGUCUUACCCGAGUUUCGCCUGACAGGCAUCCUCUUUUAGACCCGAAAAAUUGAGCUGCGGCGGCAGAAGCCCACCGAACACGGCGGUUCGACGGAGAGAAGAAGCGAGACAAUGGCGGUAGGAAAGAUGCUGAAGAAGGCAUUGGUGCAGCACCCGGCGUACGCAUCGAAAGGAAGCAUUGUAAAUUCCCAAAUCAAAGCCAAGGUCACCCCACCUUCUUCGUCUCAGUUGGGUCAGUUCCUUGGGAUUCCUGAACCCACUCGUUCCGAUCUCUCCAAGCUCAUCUCCCGUUUUAUCAAGCUCAACAAUCGCCAGAAUCCUGGAAUGAAGAAGGAUAAUUUCACUGAAGAUAAGCUGAAAGCGUUACUGGCUGGCAAGGAAAGAGUUGGUAUCCCUGAAAUAGCGAAGCUGCUCUCCCAGCAAUUUGUUAAAUCUGGCUGAAGCAUGCCUGCCUGCCUUCUGCCUUCACCACCGUUCGUAAGACCUCGAAGUGGUCUUCCAGCUUGGAAACAUAUGUAGCAAAACCCAUCUCAAAUAUCAAACCCCGCAUCUUUAACUCUUGUUUUGGGUUCAACAAACAUUGAAGUCCUGGUACAUUUUCGUGGAGCUCCUCUCCCUUGAGCUAGGAUAACCACGUUCCUUCGUGCUUGCUCACAUGUUGAAUGAUUUUGUCGUCAUUCAUCAACAUUAUCAUAUUUGUUUGCAACAGAAGGUUACUUCCUCGCUUUCUUUUGCUCUCUUUCUGGUGUUCAUGGUUGUGGUGAUUGAUCAUAGAACCUUCAUUUCUCGUGUGUAUUAGAACUGCAGCAUCUAGCUUGAGUUUCAUAGAACCUUCAGGUUUGCAUUCUCACUUAAGAUUUCUUCUCAAGUCUAAACUCUGAUCCAGACCUGUCAGCCUCCGAGUCCGAGGUGAUUGAUCAUCUCAGGUUUCUGUAGGAUUUCUAGGUUGCUCGAGUUUCGUCCAUAAGCAGGUUGCUGGAAUUCAGACGGCACCAUGGAAAAUUAAGAAUUUUGAUUGGAUGAGGGAUACCAACUGCCAUCCAGUUGGUGAUAGCGUCUGAGUGUCACUCUUGGGGAACUUAAUAGUUGCAGAACUGGGAGAUAUAGGAUGAAAAAUCCUUCAUCCCGUAGCAUCUGGAUCUUGUUUGUGGAUGAUGCCAUGACAGUAAGUAGUUCUUUGAAGUUCGUCUUGUCUCUCUGCUACUGCCUGCUAGGUAUGAUAAUUGUCCAGCAUGGGUAAUUUUAUCGAAACCCAACUCAAUUUAUUGAUUAUGGGUAGGGUAUAUGAGUCGAUAAUAUAUUGGACAAUUUUUUUAGUACGCAUGGGACAAAGUUUUCAUUUUUGGAUAGGUUUGGAUGAGAUAUGAGAUUGUUUGGGUAUGGUUUAUGUAUGAAACUAUGAAUAGAAAGUUCGAUUUACAUUGGAUCUCAUUUUAAAGAAUCGAAAACCAAGAAGUGAGUUACUUAUACUAUACGUAUACGUGUGCUAUCAACCGUAUAAUUGGCCUCUUUGUAGAUGUGAGCAAUUUGAAUCUCUAAAUCUAUUCUCUGAAGCUCCUUGAAGGCCAAAACAAAGACUAGUGUGUCGGUGGUCAAUUAGAGCACUCGUAAAAAGUAAUUGGACGAUUGUUGUCAAGUCUAGUUAUAGUUCAAAUUUUCGAUGCCAAGUACUCCAUGUCGUCUCUAGCCCCUUGCUACACCUUGUAGCUCUUGUGCAAGUGAUUGUGUAUUAUUUUUUCCCCCUAAGUUCAUUGGUUAUGCACUCAAUAAGAGAGUCUAUCCAUCUCUAUGCACAUCGGUUAACUUUAUAUAAAGAGUCAUAUCAUCAGAGUUUACUAUGAUCACUUUGUUUGGAUCGAUCUCAACUCCAUAGUCACGUCUCUAUGUGACCCUAACCUCCCCAAUAACAUAAUUUGGUCCAUUGCUAUCACAAUACUAUUUGAAAUGACCUACUAAAUUAUGACAUUUAUUUAUGGAUGUUUCCGCAAUAUCUUCACAAAUAAAAUCAUUUUGCGGAUAUCCUAACAAAUAUAUUUGUACGCACAAAUUUAAAUAUGAUAAGAAAUAUUCUAAAAUUUA